AUGGUAGCCAACAAUCCACUUUUUCGAGGAACGUGGACGGCGAAGAAGUUCGGGGCAACUGUUGUAGACGACAUUUGGCCUGAAGUCAUUUUCUUCACUCUUGUGGCAACGAUGGUUGUUCUUGUGUCGGAGCAUACCAGCGCUGACCUUGGGGUAUCGAAUCAAUUAUUAACUGUGCUUGGUCUCGUCCUUGGUCUAGUAAUCUCUUUCAGGACAUCAUCUGCAUAUGAAAGGCGUCUGUAUUCCAUUAGGUACCAAGAAGGGCGAAAGAUGUGGACGACUAUAAUGGUGGCCUCGAAGAAUCUUGCGCAGAUGAUCUGGAUACAUGUGCCCGAUCAACGAAAAGAUAGCACACCCGUUGAAUGUGUUAUCGAAAAGAAAACAAUGAUAAAUUUGGUCCAGGCCUUUUCGGUCUCUGUGAAACACCUGCUUCGGGGCGAGCAAGGCGUUUAUUACGAAGAUCUCUACCCUCUGAUCUCGUUUCUUCCUCGAUACGUUGGCGAAUCAGACAAAAUGUCAUUUGACGAGUCAUCUAUGCUUCCAUUAUGGCACCUCCCUGAAGGCUUCGAAACAGCCAAAACAAAGACCACCGCCGAGCCUAUGUCUAACGACAAAGAGAAAACUAGUAGCACAUUUUCUCGCCCACAACGUACCGAUACAUUUGAUCCUGAGGCACUGCUGCCCCAAAUUGAUAGCGAGCAUCCACUGCGACCUGCUAGAAACCCUCCCCAUUACACGAUUUUUGAUUACAUACCCAUACUCCGAAUUUUUCCUUGGACAUGGGGCAUGCUGAUUCGCAAACCAAAGGGUCGACUACGGUCGAAUAGAAGAAAAGCGUAUUCUGAGAUUGUUGAAAGUCACAUACCCUUGGAAAUUUCUCUUGUUCUGUCGAAUUAUUCGUGUUGGCUCAUGAAAAAUAAUCUGGUUCAGCCGUCGAUAGCUUCGGGCAUCACCAACAACCUCUUCCUCCUUCAAGAUACUGUGUCAAAUUUGGAAAGAAUAUGCAACACCCCCCUUCCGUUUGCCUAUCAAGCCCAUUUGAGGAUGUCGCUCUGGUUAUAUCUGAUUCUACUCCCUUUCCAAAUUUACACUUCUUACGGAGUUAUAACGAUUCCGGCAACUGCAUUUGCGUCUUUCCUCCUUCUCGGAUUCCUGGAGAUCGGGCAGGAAAUUGAAAACCCUUUCAAUUAUGACCUAAAUGACCUCGAUCUCGAUUAUUUCUGCUUAUGCCUCCAGCGGGAGUUGCACGAAAUCACAGCACACGCUAAUCCCGACCUGAAUGACUUCAUUUUCACGAAUUUGAAUCAACCUUUUGCACCCUCAGAUCGCCGAACUGCCGCAGAAUUGGUGAAAAUCUCAGAACCGUACACUUUGCCGUCAGGUAAUGGCUCAAGUGCUCAACCAGGAAUGGGGAGCCUCCGCCAAACUCUCGUUUCGGGUUGGAAGAUGGUAGACAACAUAACGAGAGCUACUGCAAAGAUGUCAUUCAUGCAACCGCCACCCCCUCCAAAGACCAACCUUGGCCGAUACCGACUUUUGUCUCCGAACGCAGGCGUGCAUGUCUCUCCUAUUGCUCUGGGAGCAAUGAGCAUCGGUGAUAAGUGGGAUAAGUUCGGUAUGGGAACAAUGGAUAAAGAAAGCAGUUUUAAACUUCUCGAUGCCUUCUAUGACAAUGGAGGCAAUUUCAUUGACACUGCGAACAAUUAUCAGGAUGAGACCUCCGAAAUGUUCAUCGGUGAAUGGGCAGAAAAGCGUCGCAUCAGAGACCAACUUUUUAUCGCAACAAAAUACACCACUGACUUCAAGAUGCACAACGACUCAGUCCCUCAGCAGGUUCUAUAUGUCGGGAACAAUUCCAAGUCAUUGCGUAUUUCUGUCAAUGCGUCGCUCAAGAAGUUGCGCACCAACUACAUUGAUCUUUUGUAUCUUCACUGGUGGGACUGGGAUACGAGUAUUGAGGAAGUCAUGAAGAGCUUGCAUAAUCUUGUAGUGCAAGGCAAAGUCCUUUACCUGGGGGUAUCUGACACACCGGCUUGGGUCGUUUCCAAAGCAAAUCAAUACGCUCGUGACCAUGCAUUGACUCCCUUUGUUAUUUACCAAGGAGCUUGGAACGUCAUGGAACGUUCCUUUGAACGAGAAAUUAUUCCGAUGGCUCGAGCUGAAGGCAUGGCAUUGGCCCCUUGGAAUGUUCUGGCCGCCGGCAAGAUUAGAACGGACGCUGAAGAAGAGAGACGCCGAAAAACCGGGGAGAAGGGACGAACCACUUUCGAUCCCCACUGGGAACGAACCGACAAGGAGAAGAAGGUUUGCAAGGCCUUGGAGCAGGUUGCUUCAGAGGUGGGGACAAAAAGCAUUACUGCUGUCGCGAUUGCGUAUCUGAUGCAAAAGACCACAUACGUGUUCCCUAUUGUCGGUGGGCGCAAAGUCGAGCACCUGCUGAGCAACAUUGAGGCAUUGAACAUCACAUUAAGUGAUAAACAAAUCCAAUUCUUGGAGAGUGUGGUCGAAUUUGAUCCCGGGUUCCCUUCUACGUUUAUUGGGAAUGGUACUCAGCCCGUUCAUCUUGUAUCAGCGUCUGCGCAUAUAGACAUGCGACCCAUGGCACAGCCCAUUCGUCCCCUUGUAAAAUCUUAA